AUAUAAUGAUUGUUGGACCGCGUGAACGCGCACUUAACUAUAGUGCGCGCGGCCCGGAGUCGCUCGCUCCCACAGACUCCUCAGAGCAUCAGUACAGCAGCUCAGGGUUCAACUCACAGGUGCUUCUGUCCGCUGCUCUUUAGAGGAAAACACAAGUAUUCAUUUUAUUCUGGAGUAAAAUUAAGAGUUCCGGUUGGAUCACCUAGAGAAGAACUUAAACACAAACUCAGCGGAGGGAUUAACGCGAUUUGUACUUGGAGGAUGUGUGGUGUGGACGUGGACUUGGAUGAUGGCGGUUCAGGCGAGGAGGAGAAAGAGGAGGAGUUCUGGAUCGGGGAGGGAGUGAAGAUGCUGCCUCCUCCCGUGGCCCACAGUGGGGGCAGUGCGUGGGGCAGCCGCAGGGGCAGGUGUGGCUGCGUGGCCUGUGGGGCAGCGAUCAUCCUGUGGGACCUGUGUGUCGUCUUAGCCAGCGUUCUGCUCCUGGCCCUGGUCUUCUCUGUGGUGCUGCUGCCUGCAAUGCUGCUGCUGUACGCCGGUUUCCUCUGCCACUCCAGGGUCCUUGACGCCCCCUCUGCCAUCUGCCAUUACCUUGACGACAACAGCUGCUCCGCCCUCAUCAUCCUGGGUUUCGUGAUGAUGUCCCCGCUCGUGGUCGUGGCGGCUGCCAUCUUCUGCGGGCUGCUCCGGAGGUUUCGACUCCUGCUGCUCAUUCAGCCCAUCACGCGCGCCUGGUACCGAGGCCGGCUGCUGGACUGGGUGGGAAGCGUCCACGCCUGGGUCUGAUUGAAGCCAAGCAAGGAUAUAAUAACAGUCAGCACGGAUCAGAAAGUUACAUUUGUGUCAACUAGAGAUUCAGAGGGUAGACAAAAUAACGGAGACACCUCAUGAUUUAAUCGAUACAACAGUAUGAGAGGUGGUGAUGCUAGUUUUAGGAAACACGUUGAUUCUUACUGAGAGUUAGUAGAUUUCUUUUAUCAUGGUGGUAUAUGGGAAAAAAGCUUUUUGGACAGCUGGAGGGUUUUUUUAUUUGCAAUACCAGGAAUGGCCACCUGCACAAAUUGGCAGCAAGGCUAAGUGGCACACAUAGACUGUAUGUAAGAGGUGGAUGUAUAGCCUCCGAACACUUGAACAUAAAUCAGUAUAAUAGGAACUACCAAAAAUAUAGUAUAUUUGCCUUUUUAGUUUGGCUUAUGUCCCAUUUGUUAAGAUUGAGACAGUGGGGCCUAUAAUCUAUACUGCAGUCAGCCACCAGGGGGUGAUCAAGAUGUCUUAGCUUCACUUUUGGGGAGCUGUCAUGUUUAUAUACAGUCUAUGGUUAGUGUGCUUUAGAGGUGUUGGCAGAUGGAUUUUGUUGUCUUUGGACCAAGCCAGGCCGUUUCCCUGUUAUCAGUUUUAAGCUAAGUUAAGAUAAUCACCUGCAGCUUUAUCCUUAUAAUGGACAGAUAUGACCAUUUAGUUGCUCUUUUUAUUAAAAUGUCAGAAACAAAGCAUGUAAGUGUAUGUUUAAUUAUACAUUCAAGGCAGCUUGGUUUUACACAAAGAAGUAUGAAUAACAGAAAUAAUUUUUCAUGUUAUUACAAUAAAUUUUUUUGUGUUUGUUGUUGAUAUUAGAUGUUUAGAGCCAGUUCUCCAGCAGUCAGGUGACGUAGUAUAAAGGUUGAGAAAGUCCGCAUAGGGAAGAGGACGGGCCAGAAGGAUGGGUCAGACAAAUAUGACAAAACUGUCAUAUGACUUAACUUAUGUAUGCAACUUCAAUUGUAUUACAAACAUACUUAUUUGAACCCAAACCAGGAUAAUUUUUUCCUAAACCUAACCAAGUAGUUUUGCUUGAAUUCACAGCAUUAGUCAAGUGUCUAAAACUGCCACAUGAUUUAUGCAUUUAUAUCUUUAUGUACAUUUCUAUGAGAUCACAUUGCUCAAGGCCAAGUUGUUAAGAUUUUGUUGUACCAAGGUUGAAAGGUGUCUCGAUUAUUUUGUCUACACCCUCUAAAUUUAAGGUCCUUUUGUGAUUUGUUGAGAACAAGAAAAUAUGAUUGUGCUUCAGUUCAUUGUAGCAAUUUCCACCUCAGUCUCAUUAUUUGUCUUUAAACCGAAUACUUUUAAAUUAUUCAUGGAGUGACAUCUUUGUAUUUUAACCUCAAAGAUCACAAAACAUAUUCAAAAAGUAUCUUGGGACAAUCCAGAAAAAAACCCUUAUUCACAACAUUUUUGUAAAAUGAAGGAUAAAUAUAGGAUUCUCAUUUUAAUAUUGCAAUAUCAGGACAGCUUUAACACAAGCAAGACUCAAAGGAAUUGUCAUUUUCUUUCGACAAGGUAGCAGCUGCAAGAGAGCCACAUCACAAAGUGGUUUAUUAUCGAACUGUGUGUAUAAAAUUAAUAUUUUUGUGAUUUUGUAUUGCCUGUUUGCCAGUUAUGUUGCUGUUGUUACAUGUUGGACUUUCUCAGAUAUAUAUCUUUGUUAAGUUAUUUGUGGUUGUUUGUGGUAAGUCUAGCAAAAAGUCAAAGCAUAAUUGCAAACAUUAGAUUUGUUGUUUUGAGUUUGGUCCAUUAUGUUGGGCUCAAUUCACUGGGCGGCCUUCAAAUGCCUUGAAAAACAGGGCGAGAAAUGUAACGUACGAUAAAAAGCAGCAUACAAGGUCUUUAAUAUUGUCUGUGUUGUGAAUUAAAUGGACAACUAUGCUUGUUUAUCUGAUAUAGCGCCAUUAGCAGUCAUGUCUUGUGGGAGGGAGAGAAAUAAAUGGAACACAUUUGAUUUAAGUGAUUCUUUUAGAUCACAUCGUGCCAUAAUAAAACACACCCGUCAUUAUAAAAACAACUGAAGAUGACACUACGACAAAGUAAUGGCUGUUUAGUGGAAGCCAGAUGUUAAAGUGAGAUUUAAAUCAUUAGACCAGGAGCUCAUUCUGCCUCCUCUCUGCUCUCUGGUUAUUUAAAUCCAACAGCGAAACACGUGUUGCACAUUUGUUUUAUGCAAGUGUCAGUGGUCCUUAAUAAAGUGUUCAGAUUAGAGGUUUUCUUUUUUAGAAGAAAGCCUUGAGUCAUGUUCCAUGAGGAGCAGUUUUUCUGUGUCAAUAUUAUUGUACUGAAGUAUAAUUAUUUUCUAUUCAAGCAUAUCUAUUUGCGUGUUUCUGUCAGUCCUGUUAUUGAUCUGUUAAUUCUAGUAUUUUAAGACAACGAGGAAGGGGGAAGGGUUGUUUUUUUUAAAGCUAUUUUUUCCGAGUUGUAGUGCCGGAAAACAUCACACCUGAAAUAAUGCUUUGGAAAGAUUACAGCGUUUAUUUAUUGUUCAGCUUUUCCUUUCAUUGUUAUCAACAAAGCGGCAACACAUUGUCAUGUUCAGACCUUUCAACAAUAAACCGAGGGCUUUUUUUUCUC